AUGAAUUCAAUAUUAGUUAAAACUAAUGAUAAACACACAAUUAAUACCAAAGGGGGAAAUAAUCAGAAUUUAAUUAUUGCUGAUACGUCUUCUUGUGGAAUUAAUGAUUCAUUAAGUGUAAUAGAAGCUGAUGGAAUUUGCACUAUUGGUUAUUCAACACCAACUGGAAUGAAGUGUAAGAAGUGUAGGUAUGGAUUUAAUUCUGAUGGAAGUUGUAUUGUUGUGUCAUCAACAGAUGUUCAUAACUGUAUAAUUAUUUCUCCUAAUGGUAAGUACUGUUUAAGGUGUAACACUGGGUUUUAUAUAGAAAAUGGGAAUUGUCUUCCUUGUGGACAAAAUUGUCUAACGUGUGAUUCAAGUCAAUGCUUUAUUUGUGAAGACAAUUACAUAAAUGAUAAAUCAGAUGAAAAAAAUUGUAUUCAAAAUUUUACAGUAUGCUCUUUCUCAAAGAAUAAUAUUUGUUUGAAAUGUCCUCAAGGGAAGAUGAUAGACAGUGAUCAUACAGGUUGUUCUACGUCAUGUGUGGAUGGUUGUUAUUCAUGUCAAGAUAAUACAAAUUGUGACAUUUGUAAUAUAAGUGCUAAUGCAAUUAAAAGUUCAACAACAUGUAGUGUUACUUCUAAUUCAAUUAAUGUAAGUAAUUCAGGAAUUAUUCAAUGUUUACCAGGAUAUUAUUUAUCAGAAACUUCUACAUGUACUUCAUGUAAUUCUGGUGAAUUACAUUGUAUGACUUGUUAUUCUGUUUCAAGUAACGUUGUUUGUAGUAGUUGUGCUGAUGGUUAUAUCAUGACAACUAGUGGAACGUGUGUUUCUAAAGAGUCAGUUUCAUGUAAGCAAGUAUCAAAAUCCACAUGUUUAAUUUGUGAUGAUUCAUCUAAAUAUUUUAAUGGAAAGGAUUGUGUUAGUGGAAUAGAACAUUGUUUAAAAACUAAUAAUGAUGGAACAUGUGUUGAGUGUUUGUUCUCAGAAUCAGCAGAAAAAUAUUAUUUAUUAACAACCACUGAUGGGAACACAAUAUGCUCAGAACAAAGUGAUGAGUUUUGUUCCUUAUAUACACAAAGUGUAUGUCGAAGUUGUAUUGACGGAUAUUACAAUAAUCAAAUCAAGUGUUUGCCAUGUAACGCCACUUGUUCUAAAUGUGUUAAUUCACAAAACUCAUGUUAUGAAUGUCAGUCUGGAUAUGUUCUUCAAGGUGAAUCAUGUGUUAUUUCUGAAACUACAAAUUGUAAGAUGAUGAUAACCAGUGAUGGUUCUCAACAAUGUGCUAUUUGUAAUGAUGGAUAUUAUAGAGAUGGAAAAGGAUGUACAAAAUGUAUUGAUAAUUGUGUUUCAUGUACAACUGCAAAUACAGGCAGUUGUUUAAAGUGCAUAGACAAUUAUUAUUUUGACAUAAAAACACAACAAUGUCUUUCAAUAAGUUUACUUUCUAAUUGUGAGACUACAAAUAGAUUUGGAUGUGAGGUAUGUGAAGAUGGAUAUUUCUUAAAUGGUUACACAUGUUUAUCUUGUGAUCAAACAACUAAUAACUGUAAGAGUUGUAAUAAACAAAAUGGAAGAUGUAAUCUAUGUAAUAAAGAUUUCAUUUUAGAUAGUGAUUAUAAGUGUAUUUAUUAUUCACAAUUCUCUCAUUGUGUUAGUGCUGAAAAUAAUGUUUGUAAUAAAUGUGAUUUCUGGUAUUCAGUUGAUGGAAAAGAGUGUAAGAGUUCACCAGUUUGGUGGGUUAUUGUAUUGGUGGUUAUUGGAGGAAUAAUAUUGGUAGUGAUAUUUAUCAUAAUAUUGUUAGUGUUUAUUAGAACUGUUAUGACUAAAAUUACAAAGUAUUCUCAAAAUAAAAAACAAGACUCAAAUACAAUUUUCGAUAUUAAAUAUUCAAAUUCACUUUGGACAAAAGCAGGCAAUUCAGACUCAAUCAUUGUUAACCAAAAAUUAAUUCAAUAUGAAGAAGAAAUGCUAGUUGCAUCAGAGAAUAGAGCAUUGUUUUGUAUUGGUAAUAUAUCUAAUAGUACAAAGAAAAUUCAAUUUACACAUAACAGUUUACAAGAAAUUUAUUUAAAUAUAAAAGUUAAUCCUGAGUGCGUCAUUUUACAAAAAGGUAAAGGAUGUGAAUUUGAAAUAAUGGUUAGUCCAUUAUGUAAUCUUACAAUAGACGAUACUCUUUCAUUUUUAAGUUAUGAUAUUAAAUCAAAUAAAACUGAAAUAUUUAAAAUUCCUCUUCAAGGAAAAACUCAAUACUCACCAAGACUUAAUCCAGAGGAAAUUAUUUCAGAGAAUGUUAUUGGAGAAGGAUCAUUUGGUGUUGUUUUUAAAGGAAAAUAUAGAGGAUCUACAGUUGUUAUUAAGAAAUUUAAAAAUAUGAGAGAUGAAUCAUUGAAGGAAUUUGAUAAAGAAGUUACAAUGUUAGAUAAGUUUAGGUGUGAUUAUGUUGUUUAUUUUUAUGGAGCUGUAUUUGUACCAAACAAGAUUUGUAUUGUAACAGAAUUUGCCCAAUUUGGAUCAUUAGAGGAUUUAAUGAAGAAAAAAGAAGAAAGUGAAAUAUCUAUGAAGUUAAGAAUUAGAUUCAUGUUAGAUAGCAUUAAGGGUAUUGAAUAUCUUCACUCGAAUGGAAUAUUACAUAGAGAUAUCAAACCUGGUAAUAUCUUAGUAUUUUCAUUGAAUAUUAUUGAUGACAUAAAUUGUAAAUUAACAGAUUUUGGUUCGUCAAGAAACGUGAAUAUGUUAAUGACUAAUAUGACAUUUACUAAAGCAAUUGGAACACCAAAGUAUAUGGCACCAGAAAUAUUGAAUAAACAACAUUACAAAACAAUGGCUGAUAUUUAUUCAUAUGCAGUAACAAUGUAUGAAUGUUUUAAAUGGGGAAAUGCUUUUGCAUCAAACAUUAAACCUUGGUGUAUUUGUGAUAUGAUUAGCUCAGGAGAACGACCAUCUCUAGAGUGUAUCACUGAUAAAAAUUUACAGUCAUUAAUUCAAGAGUCUUGGGUGCAACAACCUGAUAAAAGACUAAGUCCUUCAGAAAUCAUAAAUAGACUAACAAAAAUCUUGGAACAACCAAACUAA